AAGCGGCGCGCAGCACGUGGGGGCGGUGCCGACCGAGGGGUGAGUUCCUCCUGGAUGUGUGGUGCUGCUGGCGGCUGGAGCGGCAACAGAUCUUGGAUACGCUCUGGCGUCCAUGGAGGCAUCAGCGGAGCAGCCAGGCCCACAGCCUCCGCAUCCCGGGGACCACUGCAUCCAUGACGGCGACUUCGUGGUGCUGAAGCGGGAAGAUGUGUUCAAAGCAGUGCAAGUGCAGCGGAGAAAAAAAGUAACUUUUGAAAAACAGUGGUUCUACCUGGAUAAUGCCAUCGGCCAUAGUUACGGGUCAACAUUUGAAGUGAGCAAUGGAGGAAGUCUUCAGCUCAAAAAGAAGAAGGAAGAGCCUACUUCAGAGACUAAAGAAGCGGGCACUGAUAAUCGAAAUAUAGUUGAUGAUGGAAAGUCCCAGAAACUUACUCAAGAUGAUAUAAAAGCUCUGAAAGACAAGGGCAUUAAAGGAGAGGAAAUAGUUCAGCAGCUGAUUGAAAAUAGUACAACAUUCCGAGACAAGACAGAAUUUGCCCAAGAUAAAUAUAUUAAAAAGAAGAAGAAAAAAUAUGAAGCCAUCGUUACUAUUUUGAAGCCAUCUACCCGUAUUCUUUCAAUUAUGUAUUAUGCAAGAGAACCUGGAAAAAUUAACCACAUGAGAUAUGAUACACUAGCCCAGAUGUUAACGUUGGGGAAUAUCCGUGCUGGCAAUAAAAUGAUUGUCAUGGAAACAUGUUCAGGCUUGGUGCUAGGUGCCAUGAUGGAACGAAUGGGAGGUUUUGGCUCCAUUAUUCAGCUGUACCCUGGAGAUGGACCUGUUCGGGCAGCAACAGCUUGUUUUGGAUUUCCCAAAUCUUUCCUCAGUAGUCUUCAUGAAUUCCCCCUCAACAAAGUAAACAGUCUUUUAGAUGGAACAUUUUCUGCUGAGAUGCUGUCCUCAGAGCCCAAGGACAGCACUCUGGUUGAAAAAAGUAACGGUGAACAUGAGGAAAAACAGAUAUCUGAACAAGCCGAUGAGGACAGCAUGGCAGAAGCCCCGGAAAGCAACCCAGAAGAACAGAGAACAAUGGAAAUUAUUCCUCAGGACACAGAGAAUAAGGAGCCUAAAGAAAAAGGAAGCAAGAGAGACUAUAUUCAGGAAAAACAGAGAAGACAAGAAGAGCAGAGGAAAAGACAUUUAGAGGCUGCUGCUCUGCUGAGAGAAAGAAAUGCAGAUGGUUUGAUCGUGGCCAGUCGUUUCCACCCCACUCCGCUACUACUGUCUUUGCUAGACUUUGUGGCCCCAUCAAGGCCAUUUGUGGUCUACUGUCAGUAUAAAGAGCCUUUGUUGGAAUGCUACACAAAACUUCGGGAGAGGGGAGGGGUCAUCAACCUGAGAUUGUCGGAAACCUGGCUCAGAAAUUACCAGGUUUUGCCAGAUCGGAGUCAUCCCAAAUUGCUGAUGAGUGGAGGUGGAGGGUACCUUCUAUCUGGCUUCACUGUUGUCUCAGAUAGCCUUCGAGCAGACCCCAGCCUCAAGUCUUGUGCAAGCACUUUAGACUCACACGAGACUGAGGAGCCAGCAGCUAAAAAACAGAAAUGCGUUGGAUCUGGCUCUUAAGAGAGUACUGUUUGUUCUGAGGCAUUCUGCAGCUGAUAACUACACUUUAAAUGACAUCACUAAAUGGUUUUUGUUUCCUAUCCUAAGAAUGUGUGUGUGCACCUGUCCCUGCGAAGAAGAAACAAGCCUUUUGUUGGCUUCCGGUGCAGAUGGAGUUAGCCAGCACUGCAGGUCCAACAGGCAGUAAUGGGUGGAUACAACAGCCAUGUUUCCUGAACAGUCUGAGCACUUAAAAGUACUCUGCAAAUACCUUGGGGAUGUCAACAUCUUGAAGAUGUUGAUAUGUAAGACUUAGUUUAUAUUUUAAGUGAAGAGGAAUAAUACAAGCUAGCUAAAACAUGAUGAGCAGUGAAAGGAAAUUCCCUUUCAUCCAUUCUCUUCAACCUAAGCAAUAUGGAUGUGUAAGCCUAUGAGAUUUACAGUACCAAAAAAUGUCUGCCCUGUGCCCUGCAAUGGAAUAAGCUUUUUUAAAUACUGGAUUUUAUUAUUUUAAUAGUUGACUGCCUGAGGAACUUACUUUUCUGCCUCUCCCCUUGUUGGUGCACAGAAAGGUUUAGUAGGUGCAUUUUUGCAGUGGUUCACCUAUCUUCUUUGUUCUAAAUAGUUAUUAGAACUUCUGUGUACUAUUAAACAAUUGGGUUUUGUGUCGGUGUUGGUAUAUAUACAUACACAUAGAUGUAUCUGUAUAUGUCAACACAGACAGAAUGUACUACCUGUAGUGGGGGAGAGAGAGAAUGAAUACACAGUUUAUUUGAACUGUGAUAAAGACUUGUGCAAGACAGACCAGCUCUCAGUGCGUUGGGAUCACUCCUUGUCAAGUAUUUCAAGUGCCUUUUUCUGGGAUUACUCAUGCUGGUCUCUGAAGGUCUGCUGGACUGAGGUGGGUGGCCUUUAUUAGCUCUGAAAAAAAAUUACUUUUCCAUCUCUAUUGUAAGAAAUAAAAUUGUCUAGAGCAACUCAAGAAUCAUAAGUCCUGCUCAUUAGAACCUGCUCGCCUUGUGCAGUGUUCAUCACAGAUGCCUAUUCAGUCAGGAGCAUCUUGGAUGACUUUUCCUAAUAGCAUGUGCUGUUCUGAUCAUGGCUGCUGUGAUUACCAACUGUGGUUUUUGUUCCUUUUCCUCUAAAUAAUGACUUAAAGAAUAAAAUUUUCUACACUGAA